AUGUCGUUACACAUCUAUAUUGCUCACUCUGGUGAGCAUUUGCUAGCUGAUCCAGUUGCUUUUACGUCCCCUGACGCACUCCGAUCAUGGAUUGCUCGCAACACCUCGAUUCCCUUUCAGCGGCAGAUAUUGAUGACUGCACGCGGCAAGAAUGUCAAGAUCCAGACCCUAGCUACAGAGGAUGAGAUCUUUGUAUUUGAUAGACUGUUUGUCAGCGAGCCAGGCACUGUCGACAUUCCCGAUAUCCCUCCACCGCCUCCUUUCACCCCGAACAAUCCUCCCGAUACCUUAGCCGACCAGAACAACCUCCAGGCCUGGCGUAACCUUUACAUGGCCCGGAGAACAUGGGCUCUGACCUUGACCGAAAGUUGCACGAGCAUAAACUCCUCUCUUCAAGAGCACAACCAGCACACGGAUAUCAUUUAUCGUGGUGUCGGCGUCGCUCUGGAGAACCUCAAGUCUCAUGUUGCCGGGCUGGAAAACAAGCUUCAAGAAGCUCAAGCAUGGGCUGGCGAUCUCGUCAAAGAACAAAAAUCGGCCUUGGAUGGAUGGCAGGGGGCGUUGGAGAAAUUGGAUAGUAUACCAGCAAGAAAAGACAUUGCCUUUCUCGGCCGUCCGUCGACACCCAAAAGGGCAACCAGAGACCCGUCAAAUGGGACGUUACAGGAUUUUCUGGAUGUGGAAGAAGUCCGCCGGGCUGCUUCUCGAGGUGCUUCUAUCUCGCAGAACUUUUCCCGGCGUAUCGAUGAAAUCACCAGGGCUGUCGGUCAGAUUGCUUCUAAUACCCGCGCUUUGCUGGAACAGGCGCAGCUUCCACACCUUGACGAGCACCACGGACUACUUGAGGAAGUAGAGACGCUGGCCAAGAAAAUCAGCUCCGACUAUGAGCACGUUCUAGGACUUCCUAGCAAUCAAAAGAGUCUAGCCAAUAUAUCCCGGAUGGCUUUGGCGCAUACAAAAGAGCUACUGCCGUCGCUGCACGAUAUCAGUCUUGAACUACAGGGUGCGCUUGAGCAAGCUGUUCGAGAUAGAAACGACUCCUCAAAGGCUUCUGUUGCGCAUAUGCGGAAGGUCUCUUCGCUAGAGUUCCGUCUUGCAGAUGUCCAGGGACAGAUUGCAAACCUGGACAUUGAUAGCGAAGUAUUUGAGGUCCUGUACGCAGUGUUUCAUCUACCAGUCGUCUACGGAUCCGUGCUCAUUGAAGCUGUGCGGCGGCGUGAAUGGGCAGAAAAGUUGAAAACCGACUCUCUGACCCUGGCCGAAGAGAUGGCCGUCUUCAGAGAUGAAGAGCAGCGUCGGCGGAAGAAAUGGGUCAAGACGAUUGGAGACCUCAUUGCGCUUCCCGACGACAUGACGCCUAGCUUGGAGAUCAACCUACAGGGACAAGGACUCGAAUGGCCCGAAGUGCACCGCAAGGAUAUUGAAAACUACAUUGAUGCUCUCAAGUCCAAUGGUGGCAUGCCCGCGGUUGUAGAAGAGCUGUCUCAACUCUAUGCCGAUCUUGACAACCCAACUCGACAGCAAAAGCGACGGGCAAAGGCUUUCAAACAGGGUAGUGUCUUCGACAUGGGUCGCAGCUCGCUUCUUAUCCGCGGCGACGACAUGGUCCGUAGUUUAAGAGACGAAAAAGUCAAGUUGGAAGAGAAACUAAAGGGUUCGGACAGUCGGAUUCGCAAGUUAGAGGACCUUCUCCACCGCCAGAGCCACAUAUCUCGCCCUCUUAGCGGAAACUUUGGCUCUGAGAUUCCUACUUCGCCUGCUUCGCCUCUUCCUGAGUCCAGACGCUCUUCUGUUUCUUCGCGACGUUUGUCGUCCAAUCAGACUGGUGAAGAUAAAGCUCUACUUCACCGCAUCAUGGCCCUCGAGGCAGAUCUCCUGGGUGAGAGGGAAAUUGUCCAACGCCUUCAAAGAGAAGCACACGUCGAACGCCAGUCGUCUACCGACAAAAUGCAAGAAGUCCAAUCAACCAAAGUAGACCUUAUCAAAAAUUUAGAGUCGCGGCAAAGAGAGUUUGAAGACGAGCGUCGGUUUCUCGAGGCAGACGCCAAACAGCUGCGACAUCGAAUCGAGGAACUCGAGGAAGAACUAUGCCAGGUCUUGGAUCGUCGAGACCAUGAGAAACAAGACGUGGACGAACGCGCACAAAAACUAGAAGAGCAGCUCGAAACAGCACAAGCUGAUGCUACAAAACAGUUGGAGGAUGCUAAGAGCGAAACUGAAGUUUUGCGAGAAGAGUUGACUCGUGAACGGAAACGAGUCGCUGAACUGAACGAAGCCGCCGUGGAUCGGGAAAAGCAACUCUCGGAGAAAGAAGCCAAAACAUCCGAACUGAAGGCCCAGUUAGAUGAAUUGCAUACCCAGAAUCUGGACAAUCUCAACACCUUGCAGGCAGCACAUGUCAACCUCUCACCGGAGGGUUCGGCGCCAUCCGACUUUGCUUCACUAGUGAAAGCUAUAGAAAUUCUUGCAGAAGGUCUGGCAAUCCAUGCGAGAAAAGCAGAAGAGUCAAAUGCUGCUCUAGUUUCGGAGAAGAAAUCCCUUGAGGAGAGACUGAAGCUCACCGGUAUCGAUGCUGCGGAGUCACGAGAGACAAUAGAUAAACACAACGCACAAGUCUCGAAGCUAAAGAACCAGUUUCUUCAGGAGCAAUCUCAAGUGUCAGUUCUGAAAUCCGAACUUACUGAGGAACGGUCACAACUCCACCAUUUGAGAUCCAAGUUUGCCGCUGGAGAAACCGGUUCUGAAGUGCUUCGGGAGCGUGUGGCGGAAGAAGAGAGCAAGGUCGUUUCUCUUUCACAGAAACUGGUCCAUAUCAAUGCACAGGUGCGCACCGCAGAGGAUGAGGCCAGUGAGUGGCGAGAAAAAGCGAAGGUGGCCGAGGCAGCCAGGCAAGCGGCCAUCACUCAGUUGGAAUCUCGUGGAUCUAGGGCUAAGGAAGUCUCACAAAAGCUGUUACAGCAAUCGGAAAAGAUGGGUCGGAUGUUGGAACAACUCGGGUUCGCCAUUGUGCAGCAAGAUAACAAACUUAUUAUCCAGAGAGCAUCCAAGCUGAACAACAGUGUUUCCGGGAUGGGAGAUUCCCUCGCCUCUUCAUCGAUUGCGUCUCUCCGUCUAGAUCCAGAGUUACACAAAUGGGUCCAGGAUGGCUCAAAUGACGAAACCGCCAAGUUCAAGGCAUUCACGGAUGCCAUGGCGAAAUUCGACGUCGAAGUCUUUUGCGAGUCGGUUGUCAAGAGAGAAAAGGAUAUAGAGGUGCUGGCUCGAAAAUGGCAAAAGGAAGCCCGGGGUUACCGCGACAAGUAUCAUCGGGCUCAAAGCGACGCGCACGACAAGAUUGCAUAUCGCUCUUUCAAAGAAGGCGACUUGGCCUUGUUUCUUCCUACUCGAAACCAGGCAAUCCGGUCUUGGGCGGCCUUUAAUGUCGGGGCACCGCACUUUUUCCUACGUGAGCAGGAUGCUCACAAGCUCAAAACUCGAGAUUGGCUAUUGGCUCGCAUCAACAAGGUGGAAGAGCGAGUGGUCGAUCUGUCUCGGUCUCUGAAUGGCGCAAACCAAGACCGACAAUCAACUGUCAGCGACGAGGUCUCGGCCGACGAUGAGAAUCCCUUUGAGUUGUCCGAUGGCUUGCGCUGGUAUCUAUUAGACGCGACCGAGGAAAAACCGGGCGCCCCCAGCACUCCAGGACUAGGCAAAAGCACCGUAGCUUCGGCACACGUCGAUGCAAAAGGGUCCAUCCGCCUGAAACGCUCGUCGGCCGGUGGGAACGUUGCAAAGACACUGACCAAGAGCCUGGACAGUCGUCGUAAUAGUUCUGCGUCCAAAAAGGGCACACCUGUGCCGACAUUGGUCGCGACGGAGUCGGUUGGGGAUAAUGUGCAACCAGCAGAGGCGGAUGCUGGGGUCCAAGAGACUCCUGAAUCCGCCGCUGUCUUUGAUGAGGCGUUGGAACAACCCCAAGGAACCGGUAGUAGGUCUGCGGUGGCGAUCCCGCGACCAGAAGUCGAGACUCAGUCUUCUAGCUCCUCAUUUAGCAAGCGAGCAUCGCGGUUGAAACCUUGGGAGAAGCUCUGGUCGUUAGAUUAUCGGUCAGAGGGUGGCAAGCAGCAAUGA